UCAAUCUUCCAUCCCUUUAGCCAUCCAUCCCCUAAAUAUCCACCAUGGAAACCUUUCUGAAGAAUUCCCCACACCAAGAAGAACACAUAUUCCGUAGCCGGUAUGGGAAUGUCCCAGUCCCUGAAAACACCACAUUGCCUGAAUUUGUACUCCAAAAUGCCGAAUUGUAUGCUGAUAAAGUUGCAUUUGUGGACGCUAAAACUCAUAAAGAGAUAACCUACGGGGAGGUUGUAAGAAACACAAGGAGGUUUUCAAUGGCUCUAAGGUCACUCGGCCUCAGGAAAGGACACGUCGUCAUUGUUGUACUCCCUAACGUCGCCGAGUACGCCAUAAUCGCUCUCGGAAUAAUGUCUGCUGGUGGAGUGUUUUCUGGUGCAAACCCAGCAGCUCAUGCCUCGGAAAUUAAGAAACAAGUUGAGGCUGCUAAAGCAAAGCUAAUUGUCACAAAUGCAGCAAACCAUGAAAAGGUAAAAGGGUUAGAGGUACCGGUAAUUGUGGUGGGUGAAGAAAUCAUAGAAGGUUCUAUCAACUGGAACAAUCUACUGGAAGCAGCGGACCGAGCCGGGACGAGUUUGAGCAAAGAACAAGUCCAUCAAACCGAUCUCUGUGCACUUCCAUUCUCAUCAGGCACUACAGGGAUAUCCAAAGGUGUAAUGCUGACCCACAGAAACCUCGUAGCCAAUCUCUGCUCCACACUCUUUGGAAUAAAACCAGAGAUGGUCGGCAAAGUCACCGUGCUCGGUCUAAUGCCCUUCUUCCACAUAUACGGAAUCACCGGGAUUUGCUGUGCGACGCUUAGAAACAAAGGGAAAGUGGUGGUCAUGGGGAGGUACGAGCUGAGAACGUUUUUGGACGCGUUGAUUACAGAGGAAGUCACUUUCGCACCCAUUGUGCCUCCGAUUAUCUCGGACUUGGUUAAGAAACCGGUUGUUGAUGAAUUUGAUCUGAGCCGGCUCAAACUCCAAGCCGUCAUGAGUGCGGCGGCUCCUCUGGCGCCGGAGCUACUCAAUGCCUUUCAGACCAAGUUUCCGGGCGUCCUGGUCGAAGAGGCUUAUGGACUGACGGAGCAUAGCUGUAUAACUCUCACCCAUGGAGACCCUGAAAAAGGGUUUGGCAGAUCAAAGAGAAACUCGGUCGGAUUCAUCCUUCCUAAUCUGGAAGUGAAAUUCAUUGAUCCUGAAACUGGUAGAUCUCUCCCCAAGAACACCCCUGGGGAAAUCUGUGUCAGGAGCCAAUGUGUGAUGAAAGGCUACUAUAAUAACGACGAGGAAACUGCAAGAACUAUUGACAAGGAAGGGUGGCUACAUACUGGUGAUAUUGGCUAUAUAGACAAUGAUGGAGAUAUCUUUAUUGUAGACCGCAUCAAGGAAAUAAUCAAGUACAAAGGUUUCCAAGUUGCUCCUGCUGAACUGGAAGCUAUCCUUCUUACUCAUCCUUCAAUUGAGGACGCUGCAGUUUUCCCACUACCUGAUGCGGAAGCAGGGGAGAUUCCAGCUGCGUGUGUUGUGAUGGCCAAUGGCGUAAAAGAGAGCGAGGAAGACAUUGUCAACUAUGUCGCCUCUAAUGUCGCCCACUACAAGAAAGUUAGGGUGGUCAACUUUGUGGAAACCAUACCAAAGUCACCAUCUGGGAAGAUUAUGAGGAGGAUUGUCAAGGACCAGAUGAUUCAAAAGAUAGAGGCAAGCUCAAAAACCAAUCAAAAAUUGUUCAAAUGAUAACAAGUAUUUUUAGCAAUUUCCUGUCUCUUUGAUAUACUUUGGUUGAACUUGUACUUUGUUUAGUCUGUGUUUCUUCUAGAUAAUAACUCUGUUUGAGUACAAAA